AGACGCAAAAUAAAAAGCGCCGCCGCGGGGGUGCCCCUCCUGCGACUGAGGAGCCCAGAGCCGGAGCGCUUUUUCCUUUGCCGCCGCCGCCCCCUCCCUCCCCGCUUUGGGCCUCUGGCCAUUGCCGCUGCUCACGAGGCUCCCGAGCGCCGCCCUCACCUUCCCCCGCCCCACCAAGCGCAGGAGCCUUCAAAAAGCCGCCAGCCGAGGAGACCGCGCGGAGAUCUAGGUGUUUCUGCUGUGCCUGCAUGCAGCGGGGAGUUGUCGUCCCGAUAUGUUCGACUCGGCCAGAUGGCUGCCGCCGCGAUGGCAUGUUCUGAGGAGAACCUGCUCGAUUUCGCCCAUCUGUGUCCAAUUCCGGAUAGAGAUGUCAGGCAUGGCGUCAACUGUUGCCUUCAGCUCAGUUAGCGCUCAGGCUGGGCUGAUCCAAAAGCCAAGGAACCAUGGUGUCACAAGCCACUAUGGUUUAAAGGCAUCAUCAUCAUCUGUUAGCUUUGGAUUUGAGUCAUCAUUCCUGGGCAGGAAUGCAUCCCUCCGUGCCUCUGUCGCUCCAAGGAUUGUGCCGAAGGCGACGUCUGGGUCUCAGAUAUCUCCCCAGGCAUCUUACAAAGUGGCUGUACUUGGUGCUGCCGGUGGGAUUGGACAACCCCUAGGCCUUUUGAUCAAGAUGUCUCCUCUCGUGUCAGAGCUGCAUCUAUACGAUAUUGCAAAUGUCAAGGGUGUUGCUGCGGAUCUGAGUCAUUGCAAUUCACCUGCUCAGGUUCUGGACUUCACUGGCCCCUCGGAAUUGGCAAACUGCUUGAAAGGGGUGGAUGUUGUUGUCAUCCCUGCCGGAGUCCCAAGGAAGCCGGGCAUGACUCGUGAUGACCUCUUUAACAUCAAUGCAAGCAUUGUCAAGUCGCUUGUUGAGGCUGUUGCGGACAAUUGCCCAGACGCGUUCAUCCAUAUCAUUAGCAACCCAGUGAACUCCACAGUGCCAAUUGCUGCUGAGGUUCUGAAGCAGAAGGGUGUCUACAACCCCAAGAAGCUUUUUGGAGUUACCACCCUGGAUGUUGUCAGGGCCAACACAUUUGUGGCACAGAAGAAGAACCUGAAGCUCAUUGAUGUUGACGUCCCAGUUGUCGGCGGUCAUGCUGGGAUUACAAUAUUGCCGUUAUUGUCCAAGACCAGGCCAUCUGUUACCUUCACAGAAGAGGAAACUGAGGAGCUGACAAAGAGGAUACAGAAUGCCGGGACAGAGGUGGUGGAGGCCAAGGCUGGUGCAGGGUCUGCUACCCUGUCCAUGGCCUACGCUGCUGCCCGUUUUGUCGAGUCAUCUCUCCGUGCACUGGCUGGUGAUCCAGAUGUCUAUGAGUGCACAUUUAUACAGUCUGAGCUUACUGAUCUGCCAUUCUUUGCAUCAAGAGUCAAGCUCGGGAAGAAUGGUGUCGAAUCUGUUUCUGCUGACCUUGAGGGAGUGACUGAGUACGAGGCCAAGGCGCUUGAGGCACUGAAGGCUGAGUUGAAGGGAAGCAUUGAGAAGGGCAUCGCGUUCGCAAACAAACAGCAGGAAGCUGCCGCGUCUGUUUGAAGCGGGUGAAAUGAAAAUCCACAAGAAGAGAAUAAAGGAACAAUGAUCUAGAAUCCACAAUGGCUUUUAGUUUUGCAGCCUAGAAUUUUUUGUGUCGACAGUAGGAAGAUGCUCCAGACGAGCUGCAAUUGUGGCUGUUGUUAGCUUCUAAUGGAUACGUACGUGGGUGCUGGAUGCCCCCCCAAGUUAUCUUUUUCUGAACCAGGCCCUGCUUAACACAACACAUAAAUUUUGCUCCUUUUCCAUUGUGGUUGUGUCUGUACUCUGUAGGUUGUUGGAGUUUACAAACUACCAGAGAGCUAAUAAAGCAUUUUUACGAAAGCGAUGUGUACCAAAGAUCUAUUGUGGUUGUGUUUGUACUGUCGUAUUGCCUGCUGUUUACCAAUACAACUCUGUUUCCUUG